GCAUACGUUUCAUAUCAAUAUUUUGCGCCCCUGAACGUGUUUCACAGUUAAAUGUAUCAAUAAUCUCAUGUUUUGCUCUGAGAAGCUAUUAAUAAUGUGUUUAUUUGUAAACUUUUUUUGCCGUUUUCAACAGUGUUUCAGUUAUGCCGCGGCGUAUAUUGUUGUCAACUCACACUUUUCCUCACAUAGCUGUGUCUUCAUUACUAGUGUACGUAGGCCAAGAACUUACAACAUCAAAACUAGAAUCAGAAGCAGGAGAGAAUGUCAAUCAAACGGAGUUCAUGAUCAGUGCCCACAAAUAUGUUGCCGGGCCGGGAAUCGAACCCACAAUCCUAGUGUUUUAAGUCUUAUGCUCAACAAAGGAAAAAACCGGUAUAAUAAUUAGAAUAAUUGGCAUACGUCUACACUUCGAAGAUAUUCACAAUCGUUGAAAUACCCAUGCUUGCUAACGUAAUAACCUUUUUAAAUAUGUUUCAAUAUCUGUGGAUUGGUCAGUGUAUCUUCAUUAGUAUAGACAAAAAGAGAAAAUUUGUAUGUAAGAUUAUGUAAGCAAUAUGUAAGUAAAAUAUCAUUCGGGAUUUCUUGUGCAUUGUAAACAUUCAGUUAGUUUGUAAUCACGCUGCAUCCUAUAACUCAUGAUAUGUAGGUCUGAUAUCGCAGUCUUUGUUCUCAAGCAACACACAUCCAUCUAUGUAGUAUUGCUUUCAAAAAUUAAAGCAGUUCAAUACGUUAGGUGCAGAUACACUUUUGAGUGGAUAUUGAGAUUACGAUAACUAUUUUAUGGGAGCCACUGUACUUUGGAAAUCUCAAUGAAGUGAUACCAAAUAUAGGCGAGUCAUUCAGGUUGAUGGCAAUUUCGGCGAAUAAAUCUCGACCAAAUAGGGCCAUGUGGGAAAGAUAAAAAGUACUAUCCAUGCACUUGUAGUGUACUUUAUUUUAAAUAUUCUUUUUUAACGAUCAUCAGACGAAAUGAAUGAGGGCUUUGCAAUGUAUUUGAUACGUUUGGGGCAUCGUGAUAAACGGAUAUACUCCGUAAACGCGUUUUGUUAAGUGUUAUUUCAGAUCAGAUUUUCUUUUUUGUGUUUUAAGUAAUAAAGAUGUAAUACAAACAUUUGGAUAUUGAAGUGUGUUAGUCUGCUUGGUUGAUUUAACAAUGUAAUGUACAUAUAACAAUGUGUAAUCCAUCCUAUGGUUCGCGAUGAGUUGUUUACAUGAAUCGUUCAGCGCCUAACUGGGACUUAAACGCCUAUGAAACUUAUAUUUUUAUUUGCAAACUCAUAUCAACGACGAAGUGUACAAUCUUGUGUUUUUUUCCAUGGUAAAGAAUUUUACACAGAACAAGUAUACAUGUUUUUAAAUUGUUUAGGCGCGAAUUCGUGUGUAUUGUUCAAUAUUGAUAACAAUUAACGACAUCAGAUGUUUACCUCUUCGGACAAGGAAAAGACUUGCAAAAAGAAAAAAAGGAAACUAAUGGGUUAAACUAAGCCACAUCGCCUGAGAAACUUAAGCUCCUUCAGUUAUGGGCUGUGGGAACUCUACAGCCGCUGGCGCGGACACAAACAACAACAAAAGCAACUCCAAGCAGGUCAACUCAGUGAAAGCUGCCGGAAACAAGCAGGCUCUUGUUGUGGUUGCUAAUGGUACCGCUAAUAAACGGGCCGAGAAUGAUGACGGGAAUUCAAAUUUAAAGCAAGAACCAGAAAUAGAAGAGAUUGAUGUUCCAAACCUUCUUUCUGGAUACCAUGUACCGAAAGAACCUGAAAACCGGAAAGCCGAUAUUUUUAACAAAGACAAGAUGAAAGGGGUGGACGCUUUGGCAAGACAGACGCCGGAUGAUCUUGCGGACAGUUACGAGGGGCUUAUCAGCCAUCUCACAAGCAACUGUAAAACAGACGUUGAAAAAGUGCGAGCAAUAUUUAUAUGGAUGGCUAACCAAGAUAUUGACGGGGCAGACUACAGCAAGGUUACCGGAAACGAUACACCUCGAGGAGUCAUGAAGCUUAUGAAAGAAAAUAAAGCGAGUUAUUCUUCAUUCUUUGCUCUGCUGUGUCGACAAGCUGAGAUAGAAUGUGUGGUGAUAGACGGUUGGGCGAAGGCUGCAGGAUACAAAGUCGGUGAUUCGGAAACGGAAUUGAAGAAAUAUCGAAACUCCUGGAACGCAGUUUAUAUAGCCGGUGGUUGGCGACUAGUGUUCCCUCUCUGGGCAUGCAGCGCGGUCGUAGGGCAUUCCACGGGUGCUUUCACCAAAGUAGAGGCAAAAGGACAAGCGGUCCGAGAAAAAGAGGUGGAGUCAUCCGGGGUAACAGUCAAGCAUUUCAACGAGUACUACUUUCUCACAGAUCCAGAGGCAUUUGUUUAUAUAGCGUUUCCUGAUCAAGCAAGAUGGCAGCUUCUAUCUCGCCAAUGGGACUUCGCAAAAUUUUCAGAUGUUCCGUAUGCUCGACCGGAGUACUUCAACUUAAAAGUUGAUAUCCGAAGCAAAUUUAGCGGCCGUUUGAAGUCAACCGAUGGCGAGUGCCACAUUGAGCUUGCGUGCGGAGAUCCUUCCAACAUGGGCAUGACCUAUGAACUUUACUACAACCAUCUCGAAUCAGGCCAUGAAAUCGAUGCAAAUUUACAACUAAACAACUAUGUUUUGCUUAACCGUGCGGGUAACCGUUGGGACUUCGGAAUCCGAUUUCCCGAAGCCGGAGUGUACAAGUUCCAGAUUUUAGGCGGAAAAGGAUAUGAAACGGACCUGUGUGCGUUCAAAAUAACCGUCGAUGAGGCAAUGGCGGACUGCAAACCUUUACCGUUUAACCCGGGCAAAGUUGGAUACGGGCCCACCAUGGAUACUGAAAUAGCUGGACUUAAAGCAGUGUCGCAUAAAACUGGUAUUGUUAAGAUGUUUGCCAAUAAGACAAUGGAGUUUAAUUUCACGUUAACGCGCGACAUUGUUGUAAGGACAGAACUUUUGCACGCUACAAUAGCAAAGGAAGAUCUGCAAAAGUAUUGUAAAAUGACGCAGAAAUUCCGCAACGUCAGUGUCCAGGUUUCCGUGCCAGAGGAUGGAGAGUAUGCUUUGGCUUUGCACGCUCAGCAGAAGAACAGGAGUGAUUACGACAACGUCUGUAAUUAUCUUCUGACGUCGGAGAAAAAGAAGAAGAAACGAGAGUGGGAGAAUCCCAUAGAGAAAAGGACCAGAAAUAACGUGUCAGUUUUAGCAAAAGCGAAAGGGACUAAGUGCGUUGAGGAACUAGAAGGAGAAAUAGAGAAAUUCCAAAAGUUGGACAUGGAAGAUAAGGGAGAGCUACAAGCGGCUCAGGACGCACUGGAGUAUAAAAAGGACCAAAAAUGUCUAAAGGACGCAAUAAAUCGGCGAAACCUAGAAAAACUUGAAAUUGCCAUCAAGCAAGGUCACAACUCACGGUUCAAGGACAAACUGUCCCGCUUGAUUGAGGAGGCGGAAGAGUUGAGGAACCAUCUCGUGCAUCUGAACAAGAUUGCGCACGAUAUCCUUGAGAUGAAGCAGUCCACCAUAUCCGAGCUGCGCAGUUACAAAUCACCUCCGAACGUCAUCUUUGACAUAAUGCAGUCUACGUUUCUUAUAUUAGGUGAACAAAAUGAACAACUAGAGGUGUGGGAAAACCUUCAAGUGUUAAUGGGGAAAAUGGGUAAGGAAAGUGUGAUCCGACGCGUGAAGACGUUUGAUACGGUUAACGUAAAGCCUGCAGUGCAACAAAAAGUAGAGGCGAUGCUCAAUAAAUACAGCGAGUUUGAGUCGCGUGCUGCCAGCGCGGGGGCGGGGACGUUCUAUUGUUGGUUGCGUGAUGUUUGCAUUGCCAUUGAACAGACUGAGCCACCUGCAGGGAGUGAUCCGUAAACGACUGGGACUUACAUCAGAACUUACUAAUAAUUAUUAUGAUGAAUAUGCCAAGUUGUAACUAGGCAUGCUGAAGAGCAAUAUGCUAAGCUUUAAGUAGGAACGUUUCUGAGCAAUAUGCAAUGUCAUUAUAUUUGGAAAUUGUUUUAAAUAUGCAAAUUUUAACUAUUUGAAAAGCUGUUUAAAAUAUGGUACGAAUAACAAUUCCAACAAAAUAUUCAUCUUCGAAAUUUGAGAAAGAUGAGCAAGAAAACCAAUAAUUAAUUGGAGGAAUAUGCAAUAAACCUCCUUUAAAAGGAAGACACUUACAAUCUUAUAAAAUGCCAGGCUUUUACGACUAAAGACAUACAUUUUACCACACGUGUAGUUAUGAAACAAACAACAACAUUGGCAUUAAGAAAGAAUUACACAAGGAAUCUGAGGGUCGAUCAUACUAUGCAUGUCGCACAGCAGGCGAUAUAAAUAUACACACAUUGAAACAUCUAUGUUUCUUUUGUAGGACCUAAGGUGAUUAAAUACCACACAUGCACGAUAGUCUGCACAUGUAACGUGAGGAUAUUUCAAAGCAUCUAAAUACAUUCAUUUUGACCAUAUUAUGAUUUUUAUUAUUUACAUUAAUAUUCAUUUUUCUAUACACUGUGAUACUUAUUGUGAUACAUAAUUUAUAUUGCAUACGUUUAUAGCCUUAGUCCACGUGACCAGUCCAAUCGAUUUUUAAUGCAAACAAAAUCAUGUUGACUCAACUUACUAUAAGAUAUGAAUAAGCGCCAAUUCAUUGAUAAAACUGACGUCAUAGUUGUGUAAGUAAUGUUGUUUAUGAACCACGCAACGUGCCAAUAGCAAACGGACUACCGAUCUUGCAACUAUUUGAGUGUACGUUCUAUGUGCUAUUUAAUGCGUCGAACUGCAUUCAAAGGACACUCCCGUUAUGCUAUUUAUAAAAGCACAGAUUUACAUAAUAAUUUUGCUCUUUUACAAACUUAAAUGUGUCUCAAUUUGUUUUUUGCAGGGAAUAUGUUUAUUAAAAAGUUUAAUUAUGAAAAUACUAGCUGUGGAGUGGAGCUAUAAAUAUCCAAUGGAAUUAGUUUUUUUAUAUUGAAUGUGCACUAAUGUGAGUGUUCCACUUUUAUUGUAUGAAUGGGAUUGUGUAGUAUUAAAUUAGCCUUUCAUUUUCAGAUGUAUGAACAUGCUGUUAUAUUUAUAUUUGCUUCCAUAUAAAAUUUUGUUAAGCA